AGCUUUUGCAAGCCUCAGGCGCCGCCACCCCGCGAGCCGGGCGCCCCAGACCGAGCACGCGCGCGCGAUGGGGAACUGCUGCGAUGGCAUCACGAGGGCCUUGUCGAAGCCGGCCAUCGAAGGCCCCAGGGAGCGGACGGUGAUGAUCUUGUGCGGCCCGCCAGGUUGCGGCAAGGGUACCCAGGCGCCGAAAAUCGUGGACAAGUUGGACAUACCCCAGCUCCGCGGUCGUCCUGCCAGCCUGAAGGGCCAGGUCGGUCGAUGGGCAAAAAUGAUGCAAUAUCGACCGAUCCCCACCAGGGAACCGCUGCAAAUGUGUUCGAAUUUCGUUUGUCUCUCCAGUGGGAUGUGUGUGUGUGUAAGUGUGUCUGCCUGGCGUUAACAUAUGUCAGCAACACGUGCGGUAACUCACGCCGCGGACUCAUGUAUGCCCUUGGUUACGACGUAUGCGUCAUGCUCAUUUCACCUGAUCAUGUGGUAUUGUUGAGUAUGGUCGUUGUGUUUCUCUCCUUCUGAGUUCCAGUGCCUACAUGGCGCAUGUCCGUCAGAUGAUAAGUGGAAUGUGUGUCUUGCCAUGGUGCUGCUGGUAUGUGUGGUGCUGACUUGUUUGAUGUUGUUCACGCAUCAUAGGCCUCAGCGGAAUGUGCGCGUGAUUGUUGUUCGUUCGUCUGAUGAGUGCGUUCGAUGUGCGUGCAUUGUCUUGCUUGGUGGCAGAGAGGUUGUUAAAUCAAAUUCGGUAUGGUUCACAUGCCAGCUGUUCGGUAAUCGGCACGUGUUUGAUUCAUGUGUUGUCGGCAGAGUGGAUUCCCAACCCUCAGUUGAUGGUAUCUCGUUUUGAAUAGAGCACUGUGGUCGUGCCCUUCCUUGCUGCCUCCCUCCCUUGCUUCUCUCUCUCUCUCGUUCUCCCUUUCUCUCUCAUCCCUGGGCCACUGCGAUCUGCGAAACUGAUGCCAUUUUCGAGGGCUGCUGCUGGGGCCAGAACAGCGACGCAAAUGGCGGAUUCGGAUUAGACCUCGCCCUCCCUGAGGCUGCGAUCUGCGAAACUGCCGCCACGUUCGAGGCUGUUUGGGUGGCCAGCUCUGUAACGCCAUAAGUACGCGGAUGCACAUUAGAUCUCGCCAUGCAUGGGGGUGCGAUCUCAGAACUUGUUGCCACAUUCGAGGGCUGCUGGAGGGGGGAGCAACGUGUCGCCAUACGCCGAUUCGUAUUGGAUCUCUCCAGCCCUAGGGGAUUGCGGUCUGUGAACCUGUCACCACAUUCGAGGGUUGCCAGGGAACCAGCACGGUGACGCCAUACGCGGACUCAAAUUCGAGUUCGCUCCUUGGGGGUUGCGAUCUGCGAAAUUGUCGCCAUUUUCGAGGGCUGCUUGGUGGGUCCAGCGCAGUGACGCCCUACGCAGAUCCAUGGUCGACCUGUUCGGCCUUGCCAUGAUUUGCGGGGUGCGAUCUGCGAGAUUGGCUCCAUCCUCGGAGCUUCUGGGGGCCCAGCAUAGUAACGUCCUACGCAGACUCAGCUUCGACUUCGCGGCGCGCCUGCGCACCUGCACCUCCCGCGUGGCAGAUGCAGGGGAGAGGCCCAGCAGCGGAGCAGCUCGGCCCCGCGCAGUUCCUGCACGGGCUAUAACUGACUGGUGUCGCGCUUCGAAACAUAACAUUCCCUUUCCUCUGUCUGUCUCUCGUCGUCACUUCCUGCCUUCGUGUUGCCAUGUCCUGUUGCUGCUGCCCGUGGAUUGUUCAAGAUCCUCGCCCAUCUUAUCCUCGGAGUCUUCGUCACUCGUUCUCUUCGGGCCAGGCGAAUCACUCUUCAUGUCGAUCAAGCCUUUGUCCAUGGAGCGGUGUCCUGCGAGUCGCGCAGCGCGCGAGCCUACCAAGUAACGCCCCCUAGAUAAUACUCACUGCAAUGGUAUCGCCACAACAGAGCCUGCGCAGCUAUUUGGGGCCUUUGGAAACGUCAUGCGAGGAGUUCAGGAAAGCGCCCGAGAGAGCCCGUUUCUUGUGCCGUCAAUUCAGAGAGCACUGCACUGAGGGCACUGCACUCAGACAUAUGUCCGCGGCUCAUGCAUGUUGUUGUUUCGGUUGCGUUGGUUCUUCGUGUAUCAGAUGGUGCCCGUUUUUGUGUAUGUCGUGUGGGUAUGCCAUCAGAUCUGUCGUCAUGUAUUGAGGACGCGAGGCAGGACACCAGAGACAGCCAGAAGUUGGAGGGCCUGGCGGCCGCGGUAUGCGGAUCGCUUCUGUCGCCACUUGUCGAGGGCGCAGGGCGGGAUACCAGGGACCCAUCGGGAGUACUGCAGCCGGGCAGCCUCGGCAUGCAGUUCCUGCGGGCGGGCCACGCACCCCUCUCAAACUAUUAGUGUCCCCAGUCUUUCGGAUGUGUACCCCCCCAGGUGAUAAAGGCAAACACGGCCGAUAGUAUAUUGAGCGUUUACCCAAAGCAGUGCCUGCCCGCAGGGGCUUUUCCUCACUCUCUAAUGAGUUGUCCCUCGUUGGCAGGACCUUGUUUUGUUCUAGGCGGUGUACACUUGUUCGCGGCGAAUCGACCCCGCAGACAUCUCAUAUAUGGCCUGAUCAUAGUCACCUCUGGAAUAGUUCCUCAUUCGUGUUCCGAUGCGACGAGUCUCUGAGGAUAUCCCAAGGCGUGUCCAGCAGAUCGUGUGCCCCUCAGAGGACUGUUGUGAGUCAGAUGGUACGGCCCCCAGAGGAUUGUUGUGCUUCUGGGCAGCUGAUACGGCCUGGUCCUCCCAGUAUGGUCCCACCGAGAUGAUCACACCCAUACCUAGAUGACAUUGUGUUGAUUGCAGUCCGCGGACUUUAUCCAGCUUAUUGGACUCCACAGAUUGCCCCUGGUAGGCUGCAGAGGCUCUCUUGGGUCCAGACGUCGUCAUUCUGUUGUUUGCUUUAUGGUUUUCCCCUGGGGAACGUCUGCGCGACUGCUCUGGGGGUCUCUGGUCCUUUGGGCGCGGCCGCAUGACCACGGCUCCAGCUGUCAACGGGUGACAUGUUGAGGGAGGCCGUGGCCAAGGGCACCGAGGUUGGCCUGAAGGCCAAGGAGGUGAUGGCGGCGGGCAAGUUGGUGAGCGACGACAUUGUUGUGGGCAUCAUCCGCGAAAGGAUACAGGCGUCCGACUGCCGAAAUGGGUUCAUCCUGGACGGCUUCCCGCGCACCGUGGCUCAGGCCGUGGCGCUCGACGAGAUGCUCAAAGAGACGUCCGAGCGCGUGGGGAUCGUCGUGGAGCUCAACAUACCAGACGAGGUGUUGUUUGAACGCAUCACUGGACGGUGGAUACAUAAGGCUUCCGGCCGCUCCUACCACACGAAGUUCAACCCCCCGAAGUCGUACGACGGGAAGUCCGCCCCGUCCGCGGAGAACAUGCGGGACGACGAGACCGGAGACGCGCUCAUGCAGCGUCCGGAUGACACCACGGAUGCCCUGCCCAAUCGCCUGAAGAGCUACCACGCCGAGACCGAGCCGGUCCUGUCCCACUACAGGGGUGUCGCAGGGUGCCGGGUGUCGCUGGUGAACGCGAACCAGGCGAUGGAGGUUGUUUGGAAGGACAUGGAGACGGCGUUGGCCAAGAGCAGCGCUUGAGCGCCUGUGAGCUUCUUUCCUUAUCUAACCUCUUUGCAGCAGGGGCCUCCCGCCUCCGCAUGGCAACGUCCACUGCGCAGGGCAGGGGCCAGGUCCCCCACCCGCGGGCCGGGAGCGGCCGUCGCUGCACCCGUAGUUUUGGAUAUCCUCCUCCUCCUCCUGCUCCUCCUCCUGAGCUGUGCCUCUCUCGUGGGCGCCUCGAUCGGGCCUCGAUGCCGCUGCCCACGCGUCGGCGCGACCCGCCUGGACAGACAGACCACCUUGUCGCGGCGCCCGGAGGCCGCGCGAGCGGUGCCCCCGAAAGAAGUCUGUGCACCGACCCGAUGGUGCACACGACCUUACCGGGGAUCAGGGGCAGGAGCAGGAUCAGGAUCGCGCACAUGACCUUGCUGAUGUUUCUGACUGGCGAUAGAAUUC